AUGCAAACUCUCCUCUGUCUAUCGAUUAUUCUCGAAUCCGUUGGCUGUUUGGUGGUGCCGUUGAGUCAGUUUCUGAAUGGAAACAAUGCAGUGUAUACGGUCAACAAGAGUUCGCGAAUUUAUGUGAUUUCGAACAGCGAUCACGCGAUUCUGCGGUCGUUGAAUCUGACGACGACGAAUGGACUUCAGAAUUCGGAGUAAGCGAGCGGGAGGAUUCCUUCCUAAACACUAAAAAGAUGGGAAAAAGAGAGACCUGUGAUGAGUUUAGAAUAUGUUUUUCCUUCAAGGUCCAAAUUUCGGAAGAGCGUGAAACCGAUAUUCGGCCAAAUACAGAAAAUAUUUGUACUAUUCUUGUCUCGGCCGUUUAAUCUUUUUUGAAUAUGUUUUGUUGGAACGAAGUAAACAGGAUUUAUUUCAAUACCGUCUAUUCAAAACGAUGUACCUCGGCUUCCAGUUGAGAUAUUGAAAAAGUGUCCACUAGUAAAAUGAUUGUUGACAGGUUUUGUACAUUUUAUCAGUUGACAACUUUCAAAAACCUGUUCUGGCAGUUGAGUUAUAAGUUAUAACUUGAGUUUUCUGUCAUCCAGUCAACAAUGCUUCAUUGUUCGUUUCCAACUUUCAUGGAUCACGAGUAACAGUGAUUACACGGAUUGACACGAAACUUUGAGAGUCCCUGUAAGAACCGCUGAAAUCGUCAUCCCAAUUCCAGCGGUUUCACUCUCUCCACACGCCAAUCCGACGGCUCGCUGCUUCCUUUGAUUCCCUCGAAAGACGGCGACAAUCUGACGGUGGCCUACAGAAAUACCGACGAGAUUUCCGGAUGGCUGUACAUAAACCACGUGACCGAUUAUCUGAACGUCUUCCCGCUGGACAUGAAUUGGACGGAUCCGAUCGGUUUCAAGACCGGAACCAACGUUUUCUUCCGGUUAAACAGUCCCGCCGUACAGAUUCCGGUGGCCAGAAAUGUUGUGCUCGGCGAUUCCGUAGUGUUUUGUGGGUACGUGGGACUGCCCGACGACGAAUUUCCGCUCAAGUUCUUCGACAGUACUUCUAUUGAUGGGUCAGUUCGGGUUUUUGUGCUUCAAAGUGAGGUCAAGUAAUCAGUAAGGUUUGCCUAUUUCGUACAACGAUAUUGAAUAUUUGUUAUUGUCAGUUUCAACACUUCCACUUCACUUUUCACCUCCUCUAGCCUUCUUCUAACCGAUGUUCAUUGUUGUUUCUAGUGCCACUAACUACUCCCAACUGGAACUUCCCCUCAAAAUGUUCCAUUUCACCUCGAAUGGAGUGAAUGUCCAGUACGAAGUCACCUAUUCCAUGCGAAUCGGAUUGGUGAUUGGAAAUAACGGAUUGAUAAUGUCCGAUGACUUUCCGUCGCCGAUUUUAAUCACAAACAACUAUCAUCUUCUGAAUGCGAACAAUCAUAAUAUCGACAGUUAUUUUUUGGUUUGUGGUUUCGUGAGGUGUCUAGCGAAAGCAAUGUUUUCAGCCGCGUCUGGACUGGAAUCAAAACUACGCGGUGAACAUGACUCUCUACUUCCCCGAACCCCUCGAUCCCCUCUUCUUCCCGAUCCCGUCCUGGGGAUCCACUAACAUCAGCUCGAACAGUCCCGUCAAUCGGAUCCUCGUCUCUUCCGGCGGUCCAUUUGCCAUUCAGUACCGGAUGACGGACACGUCGGCCACGACGACGGCGAAUCCAUUUGAGACGUCCACCAGAUCCAGUGGAUUCGUGAGCCUCAUGACUGUGUUUUUGACCGUUUUCACGAUGUUCCUUCGAGUUUUUGUAUGA